AUGAAGGUGAUUCACUCUGUCACGAUCCUCUCGACGCUCGUUGUUCUCGUGUUCACCGAGCCGGUGGACGAAUCCUCCAGGCCUAAACUAACCGUCCUGAAGUGUUGUCGACACAAAGAGGAGCUCGUGAAGGAAUCUGACAGCGAGACCGAUACCAGAACCCGUUGCGAGCCGACUCCGAACGACUGGAAGCCUGUCAUCUAUUCCCCGUCGCAGGGUUCGAUUCUGGAAAAUCUACCUGCCUCGUGGAACGUCGUGCAGGGCAAGAAGCCCGACUGCGGGGACAAUUCGGUGUUGACCUACGUCCCCUAUAGAAGCAUCAAUCCUUUCUGGCUGGUAGACGACGGAAGUGUUCUUCUGGAGAUCAACACCGACGAUAGAUUCCAACCGAACGAGUAUUGCGCCGAUUCCAAUGCUCUGCUGGUCUGUGUACGGAAGAAAAUGGAGGGAAACCACGCAGCAGCGACUAUGAAGCCGCGUAUCAGGCAAUGCUGCGGAGAAGACGCGGCUUUCUACGAGACAAUACACGCGUGUGCUCAUAUGAAGGAAGCUGCUAACGCUACUCCUUUGUUACCAAUCGCGUACUCCGCCGUUGAUAUCGUGCCUGGUUUCCCUACCUGUCCACGUUCCGACAAUUUCACCAUUUUGGGCGACGCGAAGGAUGCUAUUCUGUUGCCUGACGGAGGACUGGAAAUCGACGGGGUCGCUUUACCUGCCGGCCAAUUCUGCGUCGAGAGGAUCAAGGAACUUAAUCAGGUGGCUAAGGUCUUCGCGUGCUCGGAACACUCGUCGCAAGGUCCGAUAAUGCAGGCGGCCGACAUCAGGUUCACCUUGUACCCCGUGGGCUUCAUCAUUAGCGCGGUGUUCCUGGCAGCGACGUUGGCCGCCGGUUGGCUGCUGCCAGCCUCUCAUCACGUUCUGCACUGGCGCUGCCAGACUCAUCAUGUCGCCUGCCUGAUGCUCGGUGAUCUUCUCAUGGCCAUCAUUCAGCUUGGCCAUCAUACAGCUCUUCACGGCGGAAGCUGCAAGGCGCUCGCAAUCAUGGCGCACUUCUUCUUCCUCGCUGCGUUCUUCUGGCUGAACACGAUGUGCUUCAACAUCUGGUGGACGUUCAGAGACCUGAGACCAGCUAGCUUGGAGAAGGGCCAAGAGACCCUCCGACUGCGAGUGUACGCCUUCUACGCUUGGGGUGGCCCCCUUCUGGUCGCUGGCCUCGCCGCCCUUCUGGAUCAUCUUCCGCCUCAGCCGCAGUACACGUUCCUCAGGCCUCGUUUCGGCGAGAAACAGUGCUGGUUCUACGGUGACAUGGAGAUCCUGGCGUACUUCUACGGCCCCAUCGGCAUGCUUCUCGCCGUGAAUCUGCUGUUCUUCGCGGCAACGGCCCGCGAGCUGACGUGCGGCCUGUGGAAGGGUGAAUUCGUGAAGAGCACCACAGAACGAGCCGCGUUAGGCCGCGUCUGCAUGAAGCUGGUGGUUGUGAUGGGCGUGACCUGGGUGGCCGACGUGGUCUCAUGGGCAGUCGGCGGGCCUCAAUACAUCUGGUACUUCACCGACAUGAUAAACGCGUUCCAAGGAGUGCUGAUCUUCGCGGUGGUUGGCUGCCAGCCGCAGGUACGCUCCGCGCUGAAGAGGAUCUGCAACAGGAACCCGAGGACCAACGCCGGAAGGCAGGGAAACGGGCUGAGCACCACCAGCCACGGGAUGCCCAGCAUGGGCGACAGCGUCACUCAGAAUCCGAGCACGAAGACCGCUCCGCUGGAAACCAUCUGCUAAGCGAGUUCUCCAAGCCAGCCGCUUCCGACACACCAACAACUUCUCUCACC